UGACUUUCACAACCAAUAUAUAAUAAGCUUCACUAGGGAUGCAUUUUAGAUAGCUAGCUAAUUUCCCAUUCAGAAAACUAAUAACGUGUUCACACAAAACCUUUUUUUGAAGGGAAUAGAGAGAAAUAAUUAAAGAGAGAUUAGAUGGUGAGAUUAUGGAGAGAUUUAGCCAGUGUUCAUGGUUCUGGUUCAGCUGGUUUUGUUGUUUUAUGGUUAGCUUUGCUCGGUGUUUGUAUUAUCUCAGCAAUAAUCUUCUCCUGCGCGGACGGUGUUUCGAAAGAAAAAACGUCUACGGCGGACACAGAGCUCUACGGAGGUGGAUGCGCUGCAGGAUGUGGUGCAGGAUGCGGUGCAUGAAAUCCCUUGUCACAACUACUCUAUUUCACAAACUAACCUUGUUAGAAAGAGAGGUUGGCAAAUUCUGAACAAUUAAUUAAUAUCCAAAGUUUAGAAAUAAUAUUUGACUUUUUUUUUAUAACAGUAUUGUAGUUUUUGCGCCCAUUAUUUAAUGUAACACUUUUCUUUUGAGAAUUGAAAGUUGAAGCACCUUGAUCUUAGAAUCUUAUA